GCUCUACUUGGCGCCAUGUGCGAAAGUGUUGACAGUUCAUAACAAGCGAAAGCUCGGAUAGUUCGUCAACAUGAGCAGGUUAACAACUGAUAUUACACUAGAAGAUAUUGACGACUGGUUCAAGAUAGGAAAGGAAGCAACACAGAAGAAGUCCACGAUACAGUCUGUGCCACGAAGCUUCACUGGAGGCCGGGACUACGACCCACGAACUGGAACUGUACAUGGAGUGCAACAAAAUGACUUUUCAAAGCAUCUUCCAACCUAUAAAAGGAAUGUGGCUGUGGACCAACACGAGUAUGCUGAGCGGAUCCAAGAGGAGGAGAAACAACAUCUCCUGCAGCAUUAUCAGCCCCUGCAGGUUGGGCCGAUGUCUCCUGGUGGGGAAGUGGUUGGGGGGAUGGAGCAGCUGGAACUAGACAGCACCGUGGCGGGGUCCGUGGGGAUGCCGGAGGACCUGGUGCCUCCUGGAGCCACUGAAGUCUACAACAACUACCACUUUGCCCACAACUAUGACAAGAAACUGCCCAUCACAAACCACAAGGAACAGCUGUUGAGCACUAUAGAGAGUAACCAGGUGACAGUGGUCCAGGGUUCCACCGGCUCUGGCAAGACCACGCAGGUGCCCCAGUACAUCCUGGAUCACUAUGCUCAGGAACACAAGCACUGCAACAUCAUCAUCACACAGCCUCGUCGUAUUGCCGCAGUCAGCGUGGCAAGGAGGGUAUGCUCCGAGAGGAACUGGACUCUUGGAGCGAUCUGUGGAUACCAGAUUGGCCUGGACAACAAAACAUCGGAGGACACUCGCAUCACCUACUGUACAACUGGGGUACUGAGAGAGAAGUUGAUUAAGACGAAAAAUAUGCUGCAAUACACACACGUGAUCCUUGAUGAGGUUCACGAACGAGACCAGGAGUCGGAUUUUGCCCUGUUGAUUGUGCGGAAGUUGCUGCGUACCAACUCACAACAUGUCAAGGUCAUCCUGAUGUCGGCCACCAUAGACUCUGACCAGUUCGCCGAUUACUUUGCCCUGCCAGUCCGCGAUAGCCUGGAACCGGCGCCGGUGGUGAGUGUUGAGGGCCGAGUGUUCAGGGUGCUGGAGUUCUACGCUGAUGAUCUCACUCCCGCACUUGGACAGCUCCCUGAAUUCGAUGAGAGUAAGCCUGAAUUAAGUGAGGAGAUCGAGGACAUGGCUGUCAAACUCAUCUGUGAGUUUGACUCACUGGAACGCAAAGAGCAAGGGCUGGACAAAGACACAAACUUUUCCCCUGUCCGCGGAACCGUACUGUGCUUUCUGCCAGGUUAUGGUGAAAUCUCGGAUUUGUACGACAAACUGAGAGUACAUGAAGCAAAACACAACCUGAAAGUCAUCCCUCUACACUCCACCAUCACUCAGGACGAGCAGAUGAGGGUGUUUGAGCCAGCUCUCAAGGGGCAGCGGAAGGUGAUACUGUCCACCAACAUUGCUGAGUCAUCAAUAACUGUUCCAGAUAUCAAAUAUGUCAUCGACUUCUGCCUGACCAAGAACCUGGUGUGUGACCCCAUGACCAACUACACCCAUCUGAUAGUGGACUGGGCAGCCAAGGCCAACUGUACCCAAAGAAAAGGUCGAGCUGGUCGUGUUUCCAAUGGCCGCUGCUACUUCAUGGUGACCAAGACAUUCUUCAGCCAGUGUCUGCCUGAAUUUGGAAUACCAGAGAUGCAGCGCUGCCCACUAGAAUCUCUGGUUCUAAAGACAAAGAUAUUCAACAUGGGAGAGCCGAGACGUCUGCUGGGUCUUGCCCUGUCUAUUCCAAAACUGGACGAUAUUGAGAGGACUAUCCUCAACCUCAAGGAGGUGGGUGCUCUAGCCACAUCGUACAACGCACCAAACAGCCGGUAUGAUGGAGACCUGACUUUCAUCGGGAGGGUACUCGCGGACCUGCCAGUUGAUAUACGUAUCGGGAAACUGCUUGUUCUUGGCCAUGUCUUCUGUCUUCUGGAAGAAUGUCUUAUCAUUGGAGCAGCACUCUCUCUCAAAAGUAUCUUUGCGAGACCUUUCAAGGCUAAACUGAAAGCUUUUGAGCACAAAUACAGCUGGGGAGCCUUUUCCUUGAGUGACUGCAUUGCGAUCCUGAACGCUUACAAGGUAUGGGAGAACAACAAGAAGCAUCAUGCCUUCAGGCGGACAGGAAUGACGGAGAGGAAAUGGGGGGAAUCUCACUUCAUUCAGAUCAGAAGGAUCAAUGAGGUGUCUGAGUUGAUCCGGGAACUAGAGCAGCGGCUGGAAAGGUUCAACAUCCAGAAGCCCGUCAGACAACCACAAUUCAAAGGGGACUACAACUCAUCCAAAGAGAGGCUGCUUCUCAAGCUUGUUCUGUGCGGGGCCUUCUACCCAAACUACUUCCUGCGGGGAGAAGUCGAUGAAGGGGAUGCUAUCAGGACACUAUCCAACCACGAUCCCAUGAACACUGUCGCAUUGAAGGGACUGCCGGCCAAUCAGGGCAUGCUGUACAAGGACAAACUGCAGCGUAUCUUCAGCGAUUGCAGUCGGGAUCCGCCUCCCAUCAUCAACUUCGAGGAAACAAAGGCUUUCAUCCAGUUCCCAUGGAAGGGCAACACGCUGUGUGAAUCUCGGGUACACAAGGGCAUAUACAUGGCCAUCAAACUCAGGUUGUUGCGGAUACCCAUCGAGGUGGAAAUGUACACGAGGGAAGAUGCGAACAUCAUUGCCAGCAACCUGCACCGAGCUCAGGACAUGGUGGCUUCCCAGGGGCAGCUUCGUACCAACAGGCUAAAGGGGUCCACUCAGCAAAGCCUUGGUCAAGUUGUGGAGCCUCCCAGGCCCUCGGUGUCAGGAGUCCUGGUCAUGGUCACUGCGGUGGUGGAGUUCGGACACUUCUGGGCACAGUACUACACGGACUUGGCCAUGAAUCAGCUGAAACACGUGCAGGACCAGCUUAACAGCUCCACUGCCUUGAUACAAGUGACCGGGUUUCUGGCGCCAGGGAGUUACUGUGCUGCCAUCUACCAGGAUGAGUCCGUCGCCUUCUACCGGGGCAGGAUCGUGGAGGUCCGGGGAAACAUGGUGCAGGUGUUCUUUGUUGACUAUGGCAACACAGAGACGGUGUCUCGAGAUCACAUAAGAGCAUUGCCUUCCGAGCUGCUGGAAAUCCCCUUCCAGGCAUUUGAAUGCUACCUGGCUCACAUCCGGCCGUCAAGUCUGAGGUGUCCUGAUGGUGUGUGGAGCAAGGAGUCGACAACAUGGUUCACUAGAGAGUACGUCAACAAGAUUCUGUAUGCCCAGGUGUUUUCCGUGGAGAGGAAUGCCUUGAGGCUACAGUUAAUUGAGAAGACGUCAAACAAUCAGCAAGUUGUGGUCAAUGAAGAUGUGGUCAGAAAAGGCUUUGCAGAUGUUGCUGAGGAAUCAUUUCUGUCCAAGCAAAACCAUGACGACCGCUGUGCAGAAGCAAUGAGUAUGACAGUAUCUCCAGAUAGUGCAUUGUCGGGACAGAAGGAAGAAUGGAUGAAUGUAGAAAUGCCACGAGAAACAAGAGCUGCCCUCAAGGGUUCCCAGCGUAAGGUAAAGCUGAUAGGUCCUCACAGUCCUUUGGAGAUGAGCUUCCAUAACAUGACGUUUGUAGGCAGACUGAGAGGCUCAAGGAUAGAUCAGGACAGUAUCAACUCUGUAGCCAUAGACGACGAGCCACAGAACAGCCAUGCCCGUAUGAUGGUUGCAGCGUUUGUUGGUCUGAAUCCCCAAGCGUCCGUGAUGAUGGCAAGGGACACGACGAUCAUGCCGCUGAUACCCGGCCUACCAGCCCUCAUGUGUCUACUGUUUGCUCCAGUGGCAGAACUCAGAACAAAUCCCAAACGGACCCAUUACACUGGUGCCAUCUGUGGUCUUGGAUACGAAGACCAGUCUAACUAUCCCAUCCUGCCUGAUCAUGACAUGGAGGUCACCUUUGACGCUCACAUCAAUGAUGAGGACAUUGACCUGAUCAACUGUGUGCGUCUUGCAAUCAACGUGGCGGUGGGGACGCAGGACACUGUCACAUGGGGUGGUGUCGCCACAGAGAAGUUGCAGAAUAAUGCCAGGAUCAAACUUCUCAGACUGGUGGAGAAAAGGAGGGAGUCUAUUGAGCCCUCUAAUUAUGACAGAGCUUAUCACUGGAAUCAGGUUGACCCGAAAUACCUGAUGGAGCCGCCAGAAUGUCACAAUCCAGUCAGUGAUGAUCCACCUCUGCUCAACCCUCAUUAUGCCAUUCGACUGGCGAGACCUGACGAGACGGAGAGGAGCUCCCUGCUGGAUGAAGUCCGUCACAGUGACUACUUAAAACACCAUCUGCAGGAACUGAAGUCACUUUCCAUCAGGCAUCGGAGCGAUACUGUGACCUGUGAGCUGUGUGACGUGCUGUGUACCACUCCAAGAACACUGUCUGCCCACCUACAGUCAGACAGCCAUCUUGCCAAAGAGAGCAAACUGUAUGGCAUAUAUCACUGAUGGGCCAUCGUACUUGUAUACAUCACAGACAGCCCGCCACUGUAUGGCAUAUAUCACUGAUGGGCCAUCGUACUUGUAUACAUCACAGACAGCCCGCCACUCUAUGGCUUAUGUAACUGAUCGGCCAUCGAACUUAUAUACCUCACAGACAGCUCGCCACUGUAUGGCUUAUAUCAUUGACUUUCCAAUACUGUAUGUGGCCUAUAUCAUUGACUAGUCAUCGAAGGUGAAUACUAAACAGAAAGAGUGCCACUGUAUGGCAUAUAUCAUUGACUGGUCAUCACCAGUAUAGCAUACGGACAGGGCACCACUUUGUGGAUACUGGCAUGGAGUAGCCAUUAUACCACCAAGACUUGGUGCCACUAGUACUCCACAGACCGAGUGCCACUUCAUGGCUUCAGGUCAAACAGGACAUCAUCUGUGAUAGCUGUGCCAAAUAUCCCAUUCUCAGGAAGAUUCUGAUGUUGGAGAUGACUGCAGACUGCUUCAACUAUACCAUGUGCAAGACCCACUUUGUGCUUGACAGAACGGUUGGAGGUUAUUGUUUUUAUCAGUUUUCACAAGAAGUGAAAGUGGCAGUGUGUCGUUAUUUGUUUAACUGAACUGCAACUUGUUUUGUAUUUCUUCCAGGUCCCUUAUUUCACAGAAUAGUUGUAAGUGACCAUUGAGUGAAGUCAGAUAAGUUGCCCCACAGACGACUGGGGAAUAUACACUAUAUUUCCCUUUUGUUUAAUUGAUUGUGCUAUGGUCAUAUUCUGUUUGUGUACUUUUUCCAAAGAUUAUGGUAAAAGUACAAAAAAUUGUAA